AUGGGAGGGAGAGAAGUGUCUAUUAAUUUAGGAGAGGACAAUGAGAAUGGAAGUUUGCUUUUGCUAAAUGAUGAGGAUGGUGAGGGUGAUGAUGCAGAUGACACAUACAACCCAGAUGAUUACAUGGAACCUGAGACAGAUGAUGAGAGUGUUGAAGAAGAAGAGAUAUUUGAGAAAGAUGAUGAUGUGCCUAAGAUUGAAGAUAGUUAUGAUCCAUUUGAGGAUCUUGAUUUUGAGUGUGAGAACGAUGAAGAUAAUUACUUGACCAGGUUAUAUAACAAUGGUGAAGUGUACAAAGAUGAGGGAUUUGGGAAGAUUGUGCUUAAAGAGUGGCAGUUGUUCACUGAUAAGCAACAUCUUAGGGAUGUUGUUAGAGAUUAUUGCAUCCAAUAUGGUAUAACAUGGGCCAUCAAAACCAUUCACAACCCAGAACAUACAUGUCAAGGGCUGGACUCCAGAAAUAACAUGGUGAAUGUUAGAUGGGCUAAGAGAAUGUUGUUGGAAGACAUCAGGGCAAAUAAUGAUAUCCCUGCCAAGUCUCUGAAUGAUUUGCUAUUUCAGAGAUAUGGAGUUCAGAUGGCUCUCAGCACCUUGUACAGGGUCAGAACACAAGCAUUGAUUGACAUUCAUGGUGGCCAUGAUGUGUCAUACAAGGAUUUGCCCACAUACUGUGAUGUACUCAAGGAAUUAAACCCAGGCUCUGUUUCUUACUGUGCAUGGAGAAAACCAAGUCCAGAGAGGCCAAUUCAGUUCAGUAGCAAUUUCAUAUGCUUCAAGGCUUGUUUAGAUGGGUUGACAGCUGGAUGUAGAAGCUUAAUUGGAGUAGAUGGGGCUCAUCUGAAGGGUAAUUAUGGGGGAGUGUUACUCUUUGCAGUUGCCUUAGAUGGAAAUAAUGAGAUAUUUCCAAUAGCAUGGGCAAUAGUGGGAAAAGAAGACAGUGAUAGCUAG